UCUCAAUUCUAUUCUAACUAAGAACAAUCUAUUGUAAACUUUAUAUAAAAUUGUAUUUUUAUAUUGUAUUUGGGAGACUCGUUGAUUAAAAGUUAUGUCUCAUGCUCUGAAAUCCGGUAGUGGAGUGUUCAGAAGUUCGUUCAACAAAUUUAAAUUCGAAUAUAAUGGCUACAACAAAUACGGCUUGUUAUACGAUGACCUUUAUCAUGAUUUUAAUCCAAUAGUAUUGGAAGCAGUAAGACGACUCCCCGAUGAUCUAUUUCAUCAACGCCAACACCGUCAGAUGAGAGCUAUAUACUUGAGUAUGCAAAAGGCUACAUUACCUAAAGAACAAUGGGUCAAGUACGAGGACGAUAAACCUUACUUAAAAUCGUACAUUAAAGAGGUUCAAGAUGAAAUUAAAGAAAAGGACGACUGGAAUAGUCGUUAACCAACAUGAAGACAAAUAUAUUUGCAAAUUUUUUUUGCCGUUUAAUUGUACUAAUUGUAAUUUGCUUUUAUAAUGACUAAAUGUGAGAUAAUAUUAUAAUAUUUAUUUAUUAAUAA